CUUAACUUGGUCAAAGUAACAUCGUCAGAAUGAAGCCAAAAGAUUUGGAUCACAUUUGCAGGAAAUUAGUGAAAAUAUUAGAUAACCAUAAACCGAUCUAUCUGGAAAGAAAUCUACGGGAUGUUCUACCCAAUUCUUGUAAAGAGCCUUUACUUAGCCGAAAGUUAGCCAAGUUGAUCAAGUUAGUGUUAUUGAUCCUUUUUGUUUUGUUUGUUGUAAACUUCUAUUACCAAGAAAUGCAAGGAAAGAGUUGUGUUCUUUCUCUGCCACGGCCCCUGCGUUACGCCCUUCGUCCGCCCGAGAGAUGUGAUUUUUGUGAAAAUAUAAAAACUGUGCCGCGCCUCCAAAACAUUAGCCCCCAAGAGUUUGAAAACAAAUUCGCUUACAGCGCAGCCCCAGUUAUUAUUAGUGACGCCACCAAAAAUUGGACAGCAAUUUCGCAAUUUAACUAUUGGUAUUUUCGCGAUGUUUAUGCCAAGGCCAAGCAAAAGCAACACAUAAGGGAGUGCCAAUUUCUGCCUUAUAAGACAGGCUUCUUGGACAUUUACGAUGCCUUGGAUAUGCCCAAAGAACGGGUGGAGCUGAAACCAGGUGAAAAGCCUUGGUAUUUUGGAUGGAGUAAUUGUCAUGCGGAAACUGCAGAGGAAUUCCGUCGGCACUACGGUAGACCCUAUUUUCUGCCAGAAAGUUCAGAAAACAAUGCUGUCGAUUGGUUUUUCAUUGGCACCUCUGGCUUGGGAGCUCAAAUGCAUAUUGACAAUGUUAGAUUGCCGUCGUGGCAGGCUCAGCUGGCGGGCAGCAAGCGUUGGCUACUGGUUCCACCUCCCGAGUGCUACCUGCAGUGCCAAAACUUCGAUGUGGUGGUCCAGCAGGGCGAUAUAAUUGUUUUGGACACAAAUAAAUGGUACCACCAGACCUUUGUACAGCCGGGAGCCAUCAGUCUGACAAUUGGAGCUGAGUACGACUAAAGUUAACCGGCUGCAGGCGGUUUUUCCUCGUGACAGGAAACGGCUGCCCCAACAUCUCCAUUCGAUUCAGCAAAUAACCAAACGGACAAAUAUGGUCAACUGUUACUGUUACAGUAACAAACUUAACUUUAACAUUGCCAUAUUACACUGUUUUUUGCCAGCCGGUUUGUUAA